AUCGAGAAACGCACGCCCCCGUAUUACUAUUAUAUCUAUGUCCAACACUUCCUCAUUGCAUUCCAAUUCUUUCCGCAUACUUCUCUUCUCUUUCUACCUUUGCCAUGCGCAUCACAAUGCAGGAAUAAUCUCUUCCUUCUCAGAUUCUUCGCUUUUUUUCCCCAGUAGUCAUAGUUUUGUUUCUGACUUUCUGGCAGUGUAGAUCUAUGUGAGUGUCGUUGUUUUCCCGUUGAACGCGUCUUUUCUUCUGUUUUCAAUCCGCUGAAUCUUUAGAAUUUGUUGUUGUUCCGCAAUUCUUGGUUUAAACUAUCCGUGAACCGCUGCACCCUCUGACAACAUGGCUCAAGCCAAAUAUACUAGAAUAGACAAUAACAAGCGACCGUCAAGUUACUGUUCAACAGUGACUAUUGUCGUGUUUGUAGCUCUUUGCUUGUUUGGGAUUUGGAUGAUGACAUCGUCAUCUGUUACACCCGUGCAAAAUGUAGAUGUGUCUCAGGAGAAUAAUAGUGAGGUGAAGGAACAGGCAACUGACCCCUCUAAUAACAAUUCUCAGCAGUUUGAAGAUAAUCGGGGUGAUCUGUCCGAGGAUGCAACCAAAGGGGAUGGUAGUGUCACCCCUGAUAAAAACUCUGACGUGAAAGAAAAACAGGAGGAGAAAUCGGACGAAAAGUCUCAAGAAAAACCUUCUGAAGAUACAAAAACAGAAAAUCAAGAUACAAGUGUGAGCGAGAAGAGAUCUGAUUCUGAUGAGAGCCAGCAGAAAUCUGAUUCUGAUGAGAGCCAGCAGAAAUCUGAUUCUGAUGAGAGCGAGAAGAAAUCUGAUUCUGCUGAGAGUGAGAAGAAAUCUGAUUCUGAUGAGAGUGAGAAGAAAUCUGAUUCUGAUGAGACUGAAAAGAGUUCUGAAUCAAAUGAUAACAAGCAAUUUGACUCAGAUGAAAGGGAGAAUAAAUCUGAUUCAGAUGAAAAUGAAAAGAAGUCUGGUGAUGCAAGUGAAACAACAGAUAAGACUGAAGAAAAAGUGGAACAAAGUGGUAACCAAGAGUCUGAUGAAAACUCCAAUGAGAAGAAAACAGAUGACAAUGCCAACAGUCAGGGUUCAAAUGAGGUUUACCCUUCCGUGGCUCAGUCAGAGCUUCUGAAUGAAAGUACCACUCAAAAUGGUUCUUUUACAACUCAGGCGGCAGAGUCAAAGAAUGAAAAGGAGUCUCAAGUAUCCUCCAAGCAAUCUACUAUUUGGAAACUGUGUAAUGUCACUGCUGGCCCUGAUUACAUCCCAUGCCUCGACAACUUGAAAGCAAUUAGGAGUCUUCCAAGUACCAAACACUAUGAACACAGAGAAAGGCAAUGUCCUGAAGAACCUCCUACCUGCCUUGUCCCUCUUCCUGAAGGAUACAAACGCCCAAUUGAAUGGCCCAAAAGCAGAGAGAAGAUAUGGUAUUCUAAUGUUCCACACACUAAGCUUGCUGAAUAUAAGGGGCACCAGAAUUGGGUGAAAGUUACAGGCGAGUACCUUACUUUUCCAGGUGGUGGAACCCAAUUCAAACACGGUGCACUUCAUUACAUUGACACCAUACAACAGUCUGUACCAGAUAUUGCUUGGGGCAAUCGCUCACGUGUGAUUUUAGAUGUUGGAUGUGGUGUUGCCAGCUUUGGUGGCUUUCUCUUUGAAAGAGAUGUACUUACAAUGUCAUUGGCACCAAAAGAUGAACAUGAAGCUCAGGUACAGUUUGCACUUGAAAGAGGGAUUCCUGCUAUAUCUGCUGUGAUGGGCACAAAGAGGCUUCCCUACCCUGGGAGAGUAUUUGAUGUAGUCCAUUGUGCACGGUGUAGAGUUCCAUGGCAUAUAGAAGGUGGCAAACUUCUUUUGGAGCUGAAUAGAGUUUUGCGACCUGGUGGUUUCUUUGUAUGGUCUGCUACUCCAAUUUAUCAGAAGCUUCCUGAAGAUGUUGAAAUAUGGAAUGAAAUGAAGGCACUAACAAAAGCAAUGUGCUGGGAAGUUGUGUCUAUCAGCAAGGAUAAACUUAAUGGAGUUGGUAUAGCUGUGUAUAAGAAGCCAACUUCUAAUGAGUGUUAUGAGAAACGUUCUCAGAAUCAGCCUCCUAUAUGUCCAGACUCUGACGAUCCUAAUGCAGCAUGGAACAUUCCAUUGCAAGCUUGCAUGCACAAAGUGCCUGUGAGUUCAACAGAACGUGGGUCACAAUGGCCAGAGAAGUGGCCGGCAAGACUGACCAACACACCUUACUGGUUGACAAAUUCUCAAGUUGGAGUUUACGGAAAGCCUGCCCCUGAAGAUUUUACUGCUGAUUAUGAACACUGGAAACGUAUAGUGUCCAAAUCUUAUCUUAAUGGGAUAGGAAUUAAUUGGUCUAAUGUGCGGAAUGUCAUGGAUAUGAGAUCAGUCUAUGGAGGGUUUGCUGCUGCCUUGAAGGAUUUGAAUAUUUGGGUCAUGAAUGUGGUUUCAGUAAAUUCCGCGGACACACUUCCUAUUAUUUAUGAGCGAGGUCUCUUUGGCAUGUAUCAUGAUUGGUGUGAAUCAUUUAGUACCUAUCCGAGGUCCUAUGAUCUACUUCAUGCAGAUAAUCUAUUUUCAAAUAUUAAGAACAGGUGUAAUUUAAAAGCUGUAGUGGCUGAGAUUGAUCGGAUUCUUAGGCCUGAGGGAAAGCUUAUUGUCCGGGACACUGUUGAAAUCAUUAGCGAGAUUGAAAGUAUGGUGAAGUCCAUGAAGUGGGAGGUUCGCAUGACUUACUCUAAGGAUAAGGUGGGAUUUUUAUGUGUCCAGAAGUCCAUGUGGCGGCCUAAAGAAUUGGAGACACUCGAGUAUGCUAUUGGUUAAGACGCCAGCAAGAUUAUUGUUAUAGGUGAUUUUUUGGGUUUUGGCUGCUCAAAAUUCUUUGUAUCUGUACGUCCGCCAUUAUCAUAUAUAAUUGUAGUUAGGUAAUUAUGUGUUCGUCUUUUUUCUUUGGUAAUUAUUUUUUAUCUCUGUUUACGGGUUGGUGUCUUUGUGUAACAUGCUGCCAUAGUUAAGGAAAUUUGAUCACAUUCUUUCAAAUGUAGAGGCUUUUGGUAAUUAAUAGUAGUUGAGAUUCUGGAAAAGUUAUGGUCAGAUGUUCACCAAAAGUCGGUGGUAAUUAUGUCAUUGCAUACAUGGACAGGAGCAAUAUAUUAUUGAUUCACAUUAUCAAAUAA